AUGGAUGACUCUUUGUUUUCUGAUUCUGUAUUCACUUUCAGUGAUGGAUUAAACAUAACAGUUGGUCAUGAGUUUGACGAUAAGGAAACAACGCAAGAAUAUGUUCGAAAGGGUGCAGCUAUGGCUCGUUUUAGGUAUACUACGAUGAGGUCUAAUAAGAAGUUAUGGAAAAUAAGAUGCAAAUUUGCCGGAUCCAUCUGUAAUUGGAGGUUGCUUACGGCAUUGAUCUUAAACUCGAAGCGUUGGAGUGUAAGAAAACACAAUCCCAUUCACAGUUGCAAACCCGUUUCAGAAUCAAGCAAAAGUAUGAGAGGUACAAAAAAAUUGGUUAGAGAUUAUUUGAAGGAUGAAUUCCCCGGUAAACUUGAUAGCACUCCUUCUGCACAUGAAAUAAUAGACCAUGUAAAAGCAAAGUAUGGCACAACCGUAACAUAUUUGACGGCGUUACGAGGGAAGCACAAAGCUGAAAGUGAGAUUCGAGGUGAUCCUGCAGAUCAUUUUAGAAAGCUUCCUGGAUGGUUGUACAUGUUGCAGAAGAGAAAUCCUGAGACAAUUGUAAGUCUUGAGUUAGACACGGAUUGCAGAAGCUUCAAAUACCUCUUCAUUGCAUUGGGUGCAACGGUUAAAGGAUAUAAUUACAUGCGUAAAGUGGUUGCUAUUGAUGCAACUUUUUUUACAGGCCAGUACAAGGGUACAUUAGUUGUUGCAACCGCACAAGACGAUGGGCCUGAUGUCGUUGUGAUAUCUGAUCGACAUAGAAGUAUAAUAAAGGCCGUUAGAGAAGUGUACAAAGAAGCUGGUCAUGGAUUUUGUGCGAGACACAUAGCGCAAAAUCUGAAAGUUAAGGUUAACAGAGGCAUGGGAAGAAAGAGUUCAAGAGGUGAAACUGUCGAAGAAAAGUUUUUCAAAUGCGCGGAAGCGUAUACGUUGCACGAAUUUGAAGAGCGAUUUAUUGAUCUGAAGAAUAGGUAUCCCAAAGUUGCCGAGUAUAUGCAGAAAGAAGAACUUAAUCCUGAGAAAUGGGCAAGGUGUAAAUUUAAGUGUGAAAGGUACAACUUGUUGACUACAAAUGGGGCUGAAUCAAUCAACUCUGUUUUGAAGAAAGCAAAAAGGUUUCCGGUGCUUGGCGUGCUUGAUAUAUGUCUUUCAAAGACUGUGGAAUGGUUCGAUCGGCGUCGAGUGGAAGCAAGAUGUGCUGAUGAUUCUCAAAAACUGACAUCGCAUGUUGACAAAGUGCUACAUGAGCGUUACGAGAUGGUGUGUACGUAUGAGGUAAUUGUGUUGAACUCUAUUACAGAAGAGUUUGAGGUGACCGGUGGAAAAGGCAGAAAAUGCUUGGUCAAAAUCAGAGAUAGAUCGUGCAGUUGUAGAGAGUUUGAUAUUGAUAAGAUCCCAUGCAGUCACACAGUCGCAGCACUUCACAAGGUUGGGAAAGCAAAUAUGAUACCAGACUUGUGUUCUCCAUAUUAUCUGCGUGAAUCAUGGAGUCACGCUUAUGAAACAACUGUGUAUCCAGUCCCCGAUUGUUGUGAAUGGAGCAUCGAUGAUCUAGAUGUUGCAAACUGUGUGGUUUUACCUCCUGUAAUGGAAGAGAAACGAAAAAGUGGGAGACCGAAACAAAAUCGCUAUCCAGGUCCUGGCGAAUUACGGAAACAGAUCCAUGUCAUGACAGAGGCAUCAACAUCAACAAUGUGUGAGAAUACACUUAAUUUUGAAUGA